AUGUGGAGUGUGGUGAGCUGGAUUCCGUUGGUGGCCGUACUGUGGUCGGUUCAAGGGAAGAUUUCCCAUGAGGAAGAUGCCAAUGAGAAUCUUCUGCCGGUGGUUCCUUGCGUGAAGCGACUGUGUGAAAAAUACUUCAAAUCGGAACGGGCCAUGAAGGGUUCCCUGGCGAUAAUCAACAUCAAACCGGACACUUCAAUAUUUCAGUUGAACAUUCUGAAAUCGUUCAACGAAGAUCCACGCCACGAAAUGGGCGUCAUGGUUAAGGACGGACGUAAGAAGCACUGGAAUGCCUCGCAUGUGACUGAGAAAGCCAAGAACUACUUACUGAUGGUGAGCGAUUCUUCGGAACUGGACCCUCCCAUCAAUCAACUAAGAAGACUGCCCACGUGGAAUCCGUUAGCUCAGGUGGUCGUUUUGUUCACGUCAGAGAUGACUCCGUUGCUUUCCGAAGUCGAAGUGCGAAAUGCUCUGCAGAAGAUGUUCGAAAACUCGGUUCUCAAUGUGAACGUAAUGGUUCAGAGGUACUAUACUAGCAUUUUGGAAGUGUGGACUUGGUUUCCGUACGAGAACGGGGGUUGUGCUGAUAACAUUGCCAACAUUCGGCUGAUCGACCAGUGUGAGUACGCAGAAAUUCCUGUGGAAAAACUCGAACAAGCGGAGGAUUCUGGGUUCAUAGAUUCAGACGUUGACUUCCUCAAUGAAACAUUUGUAAACGACACAGCGGUUGAGGUACCACUAAUUCCACAGGAAACGGUUUGGAUUUUUCGUGAGAAGCAUUUCUUCUCGGAUUACGGCCCGAAAAUACCAAAGGACUACAACUACUGCCCGCUGAAGAUCUCAACUCCCAUAUGGGAACCGUUCGUCGUUGGCAAUGAGACGUUUGUUGAGAAGGGCUUGGAAGUGCUCAUGAUCGAAGCGAUCACAGCUCGUAUGAAGCUAACGCCGGUAUACACGAUCAUCGAGCCGGAGAGAACCACGGCACGGAUCACGGCGGAUAACAUUACCGGAUUCUACGCAGAUUUGAUCAAGAGACGAACAGACGUUAUGGUCGGUGGGCUCUACGAGAAUCCCAUAAGCAGGAAGCUCCUGUCAUCAACCAUCCCGUACCAUCAGGACGAUUUGACGUGGUGCGUUCCAACCGCUCGGCACGCUCCGAAGUGGCUCAACGUGUUCAUCAUUUUCAACCUUUGGACGUGGCUCAUAGCUAUCGUAAUCAUUUUCUUCGCCGCGACAAUCAUCUACUGCUUCAACCACGUGGAGCAUGGCUACCCGGAAAACUACUCCUGGAUGGCACUGCAAUCGCUUGCCUUCUCCCUCAGUGUCUACGCUCACUACUGGCCAAAAAGGUUCUCCGUCCGGCUGUUCCUAGCUGGAUACAUGUUCUACGGUAUCCACUGGAGUGCCGCAUAUCACAGUUUCCUAAUAUCAGUGCUUACACAACCGCGCUUCGAGACGCAGAUCAGUACCGUGGAAGCAGCAAUUGAGAAUGACUUCCGCUUCGCCGGAGCCGAAAACACUUUGGUUUUCUUCGACAAACCAGAUACCAUUUCCAGGCACAUCACGUCGGUCUAUCAAACGUGUCCCAACAUGGACGACUGCCUGGCUCGGUUGCAUUCGGAGCGGACAGUUGCGGUGGCUGUUUCCAGAGCUCAUUCACACAACAGCAAAAGCAUCGGCGAGGCGGAGAUUUUCUGCUUUCCUAGAACCGACAACGUUCAAACGUAUUCGGUUGGAAUGAUGGUGAAAAAGGAUUUCCAUCUGCUACCAAAGAUCAACGACCUGAUUAGACAAAUAAGCGAGUCCGGACUGCUGGGAAAGUGGCAAGUCGAAAGCGAUAAGAUUAGGAUUGACGAAGAUUUGGACGAAGGCGGCGGCGGCGGCGAUGAUGGUGGUCAUGGUGAUGGGCAAAUUGUCCUGAAGAUAGAACACAUCGAAGGAGCCUUUAUUCUGGGAACCUUCGGGCUAGGGCUGGCCACGGUUGCAUUCAUCGGAGAGGUGAUCUACUUCCGGUUGAAGCGGAAAUAUAAAUGGAAGGAUUCGGUUUUCAGUAGAUUAAUCUGCUAG